AUGGCUCGCCUUGCCGAUCACAAGCCCAGUGAUCCCAUCAUGGUGCUACCGCACCCGUACCUAACGCCCUACUUCCUCACGAAGACCACGAGACCAGGCACCUCUGAUCCGGUCUACCAGCUCAAGGCGGGCAAGGCGCAAAAGCCGCACGUCCAGCUACAGAACGACAACCUCUUCUUCUCCGAGCCCGAGGACGUCAAGUCCAGCGACCGCCCCGUCGACUCCAACAACACAGCCUGGGCCCGCGCCCGCCGCUCUCCCGCCGUCACCGUCUCGUGGCCUGCGUCAGCAGCGGCGCCGACGCUCGCACAGCUCUGGCUCGUUGUGUACAUCGUCGUCACCGUCCGGCCCCAAGAGGAGCUCUUCCGCCUGCGCCUCAACGGCGGCGGCAGCAACUCGACUACCAAGCUGGCCCAGCAGCUUAAAAACGUCGGCCUUGCCAUCGCUCACCCCGAACCCCGCGGCCCUUCGAGCAAGAUCUUCCCCGGGCAGCAGGACGAGCUCGUCGUCCUCCGCAGCACCUUCUGGCAGGGCGCCGGCUCACCCUUCGGCCCCCGCCCCGUCUGGACGCCCGACACGUACGCCGACGACGGCGGCGAGGAAGGCGGGCUGGCGCGGUACCCGUCCCUGACGCUCGACUACACCAUGGCCGACGAGCCCGGCACCGCGCUGUGCUGGCACCCACGGCGCGCGGCCAAGCCCCGGCCCGGCGCCGUCAUCUACAGCCGGUACGUGCCGCACCUCGGCGAGAACUUCAGCAUGGUGGCGCUCGACUACACCAACGCGGAGCACCUGGGCUACUUCCACGCGUGGCAGAACGACCCGCGCGUGUCGCAGGGGUGGAACGAGACGGGCACGCUCGAGCAGCACCGCGAGUACCUACGGCGCGCGCACGAGGACCCCCACCAGUUCACGGUGCUGGCGCGGUUUGACGACGUGUACUUUGCGUACUUUGAGAUGUACUGGGGCAAGGAGGACCGCCUGGGCGCGUACUACGCGGCGCACGACUUCGAUCGCGGCCGCCACUCGCUCGUCGGCGAUGUGCGCUUCCGCGGGCCGCACCGCGUGUCGGCGUGGUGGAGCAGCCAGAUGCACUACCUCUUCCUUGACGACCCGCGCACCAUGGCCAUCGUCGGCGAGCCCAAGUACACCAACACGUCGGUGCUGGCGUACGACUUCAUCCACGGCUUCGGCGUCGACAAGUUCGUCGACCUGCCGCACAAGCGUAGCGGCUUCAUGCGGUGCAGCCGCGAGCGCUUCUUCCAACUGUGCCCUCUGGCCGAGAACGAUAAGGUGGUGGGCGGGACGAAUGUCGGCUUGGUACCGAAGCUGUGA